CCCCCCCCCGAGCCAACGGCAGGGCCGGCCAGCCGGAGCGGCGCGCGGAGCCAUGGAGACCGAGCGGCCACCCGCGCCCGCGCCCUCGGCCAUGGCCACCGCGCCGCCCGCGCCCUCGCCCUCGCCCGCCGGCUCCGCCGCCGCCGCCCCGCUGGCCUUCGCGGGCUCCAGCGAUCAGGACGUGGCGCUGGCCAAGUCCUUCUGGAACUCGGUCACCCUCCAGCCGCCGCUCGAGUCCCGGCUGGGCGCGCGGUGCGGCUCGCUCUGCGACGGCGCCUCCUCCCAGCGGCGGAGCUCGACCGGGAAAACCAGCCAUUUGUCUAUUGCAUCCUUAGUGAGUGACAAAAGAGAGGAAGACAAACACUCGGAAACUGAGAAGGAUGUCUGGAAAGAACAUUGUCUGGAAAAGGCCAAAAAAAGAGAAGACAUCAUUGCAUUACUGAAAAAGCAAAGGGAAGAGAGGAUAUCGAAAGAGUCCUUAUCUUAUCCACAUAAGCCAAAAAGCAGAGCACCACAAAGGGACCAGGAAGAUGAGAGUUCCAAAAGGGAGAAGGAAGAACUGUCUGAGGAUGAAGGCAGUGUAAAGGCAUUACCUUGAGGAUUUUGAUCAGGGUCGCCAACGGAGAAUUGAAAGGCCUGUUUGUGCUUUCAACCAGCCUGUCCUUGGUGUCUGACAUUAGUUGUGGCUCAUUGUUGAUGUAGUCCGGCCCCACCCCCUCCCCUUCCACUUCUCUGCAUGUUUGACAGGCUAGCUCUCUGCAGGACUGGGAUGACCUUUCUGGCCCCCACUGCCCGUGGGACUUACUCCUGUGCAAGAAGGGAUAUUCAAUGCGCUAAACAAGUUUUGACCCAGCAGCCUGCAAGCUGAGAUGUGAACGGUUUUGCUUUUAAUGGUGAUGUUUCUAUCACCGUUUCUAGCAGUUGUGUUCAUUUGUAUUAUUUAUUCAUUUUCUCUUUUUGACCCUUCUUGGGACUUGAAUUUCCAGGAUUCCCAGCCAGCCAGCAAGAGGAAUUCAAGAACUACAAUCCCUGGCAGGCCCCCAGGCUGAGAAAAGCUGGUUUUCAUCUUAGUACACAGCACGUCACGUUUUGCCAAAUAAGCCCUGUUUCUCUCUAUUUAUUCUGAGUAAGCGGAGCUCGGCUUGCACAGCGUGCUAAAACAACUGGCUCAUUACAAAUGCCCAAGAUUGCCCAGUGAAUUUCUGCCUGUGUUUUCUGCUUUUGCCUCCCGGUUCCCUUCCGGCCUUUUGACAUAAAUGGGCUGAGAUGAGUUUGCCAGGGCUGAAUCCCUUCCCUUGUCCUUGUCCAUGCAGGAAAUGGUGCCUUCGGUCGCCAGAAAAGGGGUUUUGUUUUUUUCCUCCUCCUCUUCCAACUUUCCAAAAUUGGCCUUAAGAGUUUUUUGGCACUUCAGAGUUGUGGGGAGGGAACACGACAGGGGCUGAAAACCCCACUCAGCCCUCGGUGUGUCAAUAAAAGGAAUUGCUUCUGUCA